AUGUCCAAGAAAAGACUACUACUCUCUCUCACAUGCUCGGCAGAAAUAAUCGCGGGCAAUGUGGAUCUUCUAACUCAAAUACUCCUACGGGUCCCUGCUAAAUCACUCAUCAGAUUCAAAUCCGUAUCCAAACAAUGGCUCUCUCUCAUCUCCGACUCCCGAUUCGCCCGCAUCCAUACCCAACAAAACCCCUCUCCUCCCAUCUCCGGCCUCUACUUCUACUUCAACCACGAUAGCUCGCUGUCCUUAAACCGAAUUACCCGCGUCUCCUUUUGCGAUGAUCACCGGCGGACAACCCUUCCGAAUUUGCGGUUUCUCGAUGGAUCAGGCGCGGGAAUAUUAGUACUUCAUCACUCUUCCAAUGGCUUGAUGUUGUGGUCAAAUGGGGAUCAAAUCUAUCUGGUUUGUAAUCCGACCACCCAAAAGUUUGUGGUUCUUCCCACACUGGCCGCCGUUGCAUCCGAAUCCAAGUUUCGUUACUUGAUCUAUGAUCCUAGGAAAUCACAUUACUAUAAAGUUGUGGUUGUUAGGUCUUCUUAUCACAAGAAUACUUCCCAAUUUGAUGUGUACUCUUCCGAGAGUGGCUCUUGGAAAAGCUCGGUCGCCGCCCCGUGGAUUCCCAACCAUUGGUCGGGAAAUGGGUUCGUUUGGAAUGGAGCAAUCUUUCAGAUGACUUGCGUGCCGGGUCCGGAGAGUUGCUGCUCCAAGCAUGAUCACGUCUACUUUCGAUUUGAUAUCGAUGCGGGGAAGCUAACUACGACUCGAGUGCCAUCCUCCCCAGAUACUAAUAUUUCUAAGGAGAUUCUGUGUUUCGGAGAACGCGGGGGUCAUUUGUUUCAUAUACAAGUUCCUUGGGACAAGGCUACGGAAUUCAGGGUGCUUGAGAUGAUGGAAAGAGAGAAUGACUAUCGGUGGACUGUCAAAUACGUAGUUGAUCUAACACCGUUAAUACUGCCACAAGGAAGAGUCUGUACAUCGCCAGAAAGAAGACGCCGUAGAUUUUUGGUGAUAAGUAUUAUGAAUGUGGGAGCAAGUGAAAAUGAUCUCGCAGUGGUGUUGUACUUUCGGGGCGAAUUCGUACAGUAUAAUAUCGAGUCCAAGUCGUGGAAGGUGCUUUCUGAUUUGCCGCUCGGACGUAACUUCCCAGCGUGCAUAUCCCACGAUCCAAAGCAAUAUUCUCAUCCCUUCAUCCAAAGUCUAACGCCUAUUUGA